ACACACACACACACACACACACCUGACGGAGCAGCGGCUGCAUUCUUUCAUUCAUCAUGUUUGGAAUGAUUAAAAACUGGUUGUUUGGAGCCACUGAAGAAACUGAGUAUAAAUUACUGAGCACUGAGACCAAGGAUGGUGUCAGUUAUGAGGUGCGUCGCUAUGACGCCGCUAAGCAUGUGUCGGUCAGUCUGGAGGGGCGGAGCUUCAAUCAGGUAUCAGGUGAACUGAUGCGGAAGCUUCUCAUGUACAUGAGUGGCAGUAAUGAACAAGGUGAGGUGAUGAACACACCGAUCCCCGUCAUCUUUACUGUGUUUCCGCGUGAUGACGGGACGUUAAACCGCCGUCUGGUUGCAGCACUUCGAAUCCCGAUGGGUUUCCAGAUCAGUGCCCCCACUCCCUCCGACAGCACUAUUAAGAUCGAAGAACGUCCCGGAAUCACAGUAUAUGCACUGCAGUUCAGUGGUUUUGCAGGUGAGAGUGAGUUCCGCGCGGAAGCGUCCCGCCUCACCUGUACACUGGGAGACUCCGCCCCCUUCCAGCGCAAACAAUAUCUCUGCUGCACCUACGAUCCAUUAAUCAAACCUUACGGACGCCGCAAUGAAGUGUGGUUUCUGCAGGAGGAGCCCUGAGACACACAAACACAUGACUAUAAAAUAUUUAAUUUACCGUUUUUAAAUUUGUAUUUUUUUUUCAUUUCAUUUCCAUGUGUUUUACUAUGACAUAAUUUUAGUACCAUGUCAAAAUAAAUAAAAAUAAGAAUAAAGAAUAAAGUCAUAGAAUUACGAGAAUAAAGUCAAAGUUUCAAAAAUAAAGUUGUAGCAUUACGAGAAUGAAGUCGUAAUAUUUUGAGAAUAAAGUCAAAAUUACGAGAAUAAAGUCAUGUAUCGUGUGAAUAAAGUAGAAAUAUUUCAAAAGAAA